UCCCUUUCCACCACGAGAGCAGACCCAUCACUCACCCUUCGACUCUGUCGCUGCUGCGGCUGCUGUCGUGAAUUGUUUGAUGCUUUGCUUGGGGACUUUGGCGGCAUAUCCAUCCACACACGUAGGGCUUUAAGUACAAAGGUGCAGAUUAGGGUUUGAUUGUGAUUUUGAAUCAGGAUUAGCAACCAUGAAUGAAGAGCAACGGUCACUCCUUCUGAGCUCCUCGUCGCGCUUCCCGCCUCCACAAGGAGUUAAGCUAUCUUAUGGAACGGCUGGAUUCAGAGCGGAUGCGUCAAUCCUCCAAUCCACGGUUUACAGGGUGGGAAUUCUGGCGGCCCUAAGGGCCGUCAACACCCAAUCAGUGAUCGGCCUCAUGAUCACAGCCUCUCACAACAAAGUCUCUGAUAACGGAAUCAAGGUUGCCGACCCGAGUGGCGGAAUGCUCUCUCAAGAUUGGGAGCCGUUCGCUGAUACCCUCGCCAAUGCUCGUGAUCCGGAACAGCUUGUUCAUUUGAUAGCUGAAUUUGUUGAAAACAAAAAAAUCGCACUUGAUGGAGCGAAAUCCGUGGAGAUAUUGGUGGCAAGAGAUACAAGACCGAGUGGAGAAUCUCUGGUUGAAGCUGCUAAACAGGGAAUCAGUUCAAUUCUUGGAGCGGUUGCCCAUGACUUGGGAAUAUUAACCACUCCACAGCUACACUGGAUGGUUCGGGCUAGAAAUAAGGGUUUGAAAGUAUCAGACAUUGAUUACUUCAAGCAGCUUUCAAGCUCGUUUAGGUGCUUGGUAGAUUUGAUUCCUGGUGGAAUUCAUCCCAGCGACGUGGAUGACAAGUUGGUUGUUGAUGGGGCAAAUGGUGUUGGUGGAGAAAAACUUGAACUUUUGAAGACGAUGUUGAAUGGUUUGGUUAUUGAGACACGGAACUCCGGAAAAGGAGGAGGUGGUGUACUUAAUGAAGGAGUCGGUGCUGAUUAUGUGCAGAAAGAGAAGGUCGUUCCUUGUAGUUUUGGUCCACAGGAUGUUGGGAUAAGGUGUGCUAGUUUGGACGGUGAUGCUGAUCGGCUUGUAUAUUUUAUUGUGCCAUCUAGAAGUAGUAAUAAGAUUGAACUCGUUGAUGGGGACAAGAUUUUAUCCUUGUUUGCUAUAUUCAUCAAGGAGCAACUAAGCAUUUUGAGUAAGGAAAUAGAUGUUAAUGGAAAUAAUGAUUAUCAGUGUCGCCUUGGUAUUGUGCAAACAGCUUAUGCAAACGGAGCAUCCACGGAUUAUCUCAAACAGUUAGGCCUAGAAGUCACUUUUACACCUACAGGAGUGAAACACCUUCAUGAGAAAGCUGCGGAGUAUGAUAUCGGGAUUUACUUUGAAGCAAAUGGCCAUGGCACCAUUUUGUUCUCAGAACAUUACUUACGGUGGUUAGAGACCAGGACUACUGUGCUUUCUGAUGUAGCUAAAGGUUCAGAACAGCAUAAGGCGGCUUUGAGACUCUUGGCUGUUAGUGAAUUGAUUAACCAGGCUGCCGGGGAUGCGUUGAGUGGGGUACUCUUGGUUGAGGCCAUUCUGAAACAUAUGGGAUGGUCAAUACAGAGGUGGAAUGAGCUUUAUCAGGAUCUACCCAGUAGGCAGCUUAAGGUCAAGGUUAUGGACAGAACUGCUGUUGUAACAGAAAAUGCAGAAACUGUGGCCGUGACACCCCCUGGCAUUCAAGAAGCCAUCAACGCUGAAACCGUUAAAUACCCUAGAGGCCGAUGUUUUAUACGACCAUCAGGAACAGAAGAUGUCAUACGCGUAUAUGCGGAGGCAUCCACACAGAAUGCAGCAGACAGCUUAGCAAACUCUGUAGCAAGACUAGUAGAUCAGUUUCUUGGGUUUGGAAGCUCGAAGUGAUCUGCAACUUUCUUUUUCAAACCAAAACUCACUGAAUUAUUAAAUCGAUGAGGAUUUAUGGUGGCUGACAGAUUUCCUGUUAUUCUUGUUGUGGAACGGUGUCUUACCUGUUUUGGUUAUGAUUCAUAGACAUCCAAAAUAACGCGCGGACUAAAACCCAGAAGUGCGAAAACAUUGAAUUUUUCUUGUAACUUGUAUUCUACUUUACAUUGUUUCCUAUUGAUACAUGUUCUGUUUCUUCUUUA